AUGCCCUCUAAAGACAAUUUCACCUUCCCCUUCACCUUCAAGGCCUGUUCCCUCCUCUCCGCCCUCCAAGCCGGCGCUUGCGUCCAUGCCCACCUCCUCAAGCUUGGUUAUGCUUCGGAUAUCUACUCCCUCAACACCCUCCUUCACAUGUACUGUCAAUGCGGCCGCCUCGACAACGCUCGUCAACUGUUUGACGAAAUUCCCCAACGAAGUGUUGUGUCGUGGAGUGCUAUGAUCGCGGGAUAUGAUCACAACGGGUAUGCCCGUGAGGCCUUAGGAGUGUUUGUGGAAAUGCUUGUGGACAAUGUGCGGGCCGAUGAGACCACGUUGGUGAGCGUGCUCUCAGCUUGUACCCGUUGCGGGUAUUUGAAUUUCGGGGAAUCGGUCCACGCCCACGCAAUCGUGAAUGGGCUCCAGCUUGAUCUCAUCAGCUUGGCCACUGCACUUGUGGACAUGUACACCAAGUGUGGCGCUAUAAACUACUCUCUGAAGCUAUUCGAUAGAAUGCCUGAUAGGAAUGUGCUAUCUUGGAGUGCUAUGAUCGGUGGGCUCGCUAUGCAUGGGCUAGGAAAGGAGGGUCUCAGGCUAUUCUCCCAAAUGAUAGAUGCAGGAAUUGAACCCACGCCGAUCACAUUCACACACAUCUUGAGUGCAUGUAGUCAUAGCGGCAUGGUUGAAAAGGCCCACAAAUACUUUCAAUGUAUGAGGGAUGUGUAUGAGAUUGAGCCGACGAUUGAGCAUUUUGGGUGCAUGGUUGAUCUCCUUGGACGUGCAGGCUUGUUGGACCAAGCUGUCGAUUUCAUCAGAACAAUGCCCAUGACGCCUACGGGUGCGCUCUGGAGGAGUCUUCUAGGCUCGGCUUGCACACACCGGAAUCUCGAUGUGGGUAAGUUGGCUAUGGAGAAUUUGAUUGAUUUGGAUGAUUGCAUUCCUGGCGAUUACGUCAUGUUGGCCAACUUGUAUGCACAAGUGGGCCAGUGGGAGGAGGUGGCCAUGGUGAGGACCAUGAUGAACAAUUUGGGAGUUAGGAAGGUGCCUGGUUAUAGUAUGAUUGAAGUGAAUGGUGUCAUUCAUAAGUUUGUGAUGGGUGAUAGAUCACACCCUCAUACAGAACUCAUCUACCAAAUGCUUGAUGAUGUUGUAGGGAUUUCUACACAUUGGAUCUAUGAGCAUGAGAAUGGAUGA